AUGUCCGAAGAGCUCGACCUUGACCUCGACCGGCUCUCCUCUACUGAGAGGUCGGCUUUAGAAACAUAUACGUCCGUGACAGGCCAAGAACCCGCCCAGGCUAUUGCCUUACUCCGACGAUCACAAUGGAAUGUGCAGAUUGCGAUCGCCAAAUUCUUUGACGGCGAAGGCCCCGACCCUGUCGAAGAGGCCCGUGAGGCACUCCAGUCGCCCCCUCCACGGCCAGCCCGUCGAACCCAGAACUUAAUGACGGAUGACUUCACUGAGCAACUUGCGCCAGCUCCCCGUUCUGCAGACCCAGCUCCCCGCGUCAAUACUCAACCCGAAAGUCAACCUACCUUCCGCCCACCAUUUAUACUUGCUCUACUGUUUACUCCCUUCAACCUCGUGUACCGCCUCCUGUACAACUCGUUUCGUCUCUUUGGCACAUUAUUCCCCUUCCUCCCACGCCUAUUCAACACCACCGCCAAUCCAGCCUUACAGGCAGCACGAAGAAACACCACCGGCCGUCGACCUUUGGGCCCCAAAGACACCGCUGCCCGGUUCAUCCAAAAUGGUUACAACAUGGCACUGGAGAAGUCCCACCGGGAUUUGAAGUAUUUGCUGAUCGUGCUUCUCGCACCAGAACACGACGACACGAGCGGUUGGGUACGCGAUACCCUGCUAGCACCCGAGGUCGCGGAGUUCAUCAACGACCCGCAAAACAACCUUCUGGUGUGGGGCGGCAGCGUCCAGGACUCCGAGGCAUAUCAAGUGGCCAAUUCGCUGAAAUGCACCAAGUUCCCCUUUGCGGCGGUCGUCGUUCACACUCCCAAUGUCUCGUCAACCGCGAUGUCCGUGGUCGGCCGCAUCGCGGGAACGACAUCACCGUCCGAGUUCACGGCUAAACUCCGUGCUAUCACCUCCACGAAUCAGGAGCCACUUGAGCGAAUUCGCGCUACCCGGGCUGAACAGCAGGCGUCUCGUAGCUUGCGUGAAGAGCAGGACUCUGCGUACGAGCGAUCACUGGCGAUUGACCGCGAGCGGGCGCGUCAGCGUCGGGAAGCCGAGGCUGCACGAGAGCGUGAAGAGCAAGAGGCGGCUGACCGACUGGCGGUUGAAGAAAAGAAGCAGCGUGAUUUAGAACAGUGGAAGCAAUGGCGCGCACAGUCUCUAGGCACCGAGCCCGGGACCGAUGUGAAGGAAGCGGUGCGCGUGAGCGUGCGACUACCCUCUGGAGAGCGGAUUAUGCGCCGGUUCGCGCCUGAAGCCGAUAUCGAAGAGCUUUAUGCUGUGGUGGAGUGCUACGAGGUAUUACAGGACGAGUCAAGGCCCACUGAUGCGUCGGAGCCUGAAGGAUUCACACACGAAUACGGAUUUCGAUUAGUGUCCCCCAUGCCCCGAGCAGUUUAUGCAGUCCAGGAGGGCGGAACGAUCCGAGAGAAGAUCGGGCGGGGUGGCAAUCUUUUAGUGGAGCCGAUCGAAGAGGAGGAAGAGGAAGAGGAAGACGGUGAAGCGGAGGAAGUAAAAGAAGGGAGGACCGAGGUGUCGUCAUGA